CGGGUCGUGGUGACGGGUGCUUCUCCCACCCACAUGGAGAGUGUGCACGUGACGCCCGCCCUUGCUGCGGGGUGAGCCAGGGCUGGGAGCGACUCCACGGCAGGCAGCCUGCCCGUGGGGCCAUCACUUUGAGCAAGCGAGGUCUCCAAGCCUGGCCACCAGCACCUUCGGGGGCCACGGUGGGCGUGCUCUCUACGGACCUAUUUCUUGAGUCACUCCAUAGCCCUUUCCGAAGGGCCCGCAGCCCACACGAGUUGAUGGGCACCGGGGGUCUCGGGGCCCACACUGGGCAGAACCGUGCAGUGAGCAGAGGGGGCCCCGGGGCGCUGGCCUGUGGAGAGCCGCCCCCCCCCCUUUGCUUCCCGCUCCUGUUGCAGUGGGUAAACAAAUGGAGGUCUGCUGGGGGUGACCCCGGGGUCCCGUGUUCUGUGUCUGAUGCGGACAAAUCUCCUCGUCUCAGGUACCCUCUGUACCAGCUGGGCGGCCCCCAGCUCCGUGUCUUCCGAACAAACUUCUUCAUCCGGCUGGUUCGGCCCGGCUCGGUGCAGCCCGAGGACACCGUGCAGUUCCGGAUCCCCAUGGAGAUGACCAGGGUGGACCUCAGGAACUACCUCGAGCGCAUCUACAACGUGCCCGUGGCCGCCGUGCGGACGAGGGUGCAGCAUGGUUCCAACAGGAAGAGGGAUUACAGAAACGUCAGGAUGAAGAAACCAGACUACAAGGUGGCCUAUGUGCAGCUGGCCCAUGGACAGACCUUCACGUUCCCCGAUCUGUUUCCCGAGAAAAAUCACGGCAGCCCCGGUGACAACGACAUCCAGGACAGGCUCCUGGAGGGGCAGAGGCAGAGGCAGAGCCGGGACCCCCGGCGCGGCGGCGUGCCCGACUGGUUCGGCCUAUGACGGCCCCAAUAAAGUCCUGUGUGUGGAAGCCCCGG